CCAUCAAAGACUGUACCUGUACAAUACAUAAGUACAUUUUGUUGUAAUUGUUACUCAAAGAAUUUGCAAACUUUGUACCUACAUAAGAUGUUUAAAAUGUAAAUUCUGCAGUGUAUUGUACAAUUUACUAGCAGUUACAAGUGGGUGGUCAUCCAAAUCAAUAACUACAACUAGCUAAGAUUUACGAAAAAUACAUAUAAUGGAUGAAGAACUUUCAAUAUAUUCCUUACCAGCAGAAGUAAUUUCUAUAAUACUGAAAAAUAAUGAUUGCCAAGAAAUACUCAAUUUUAGUUCCACUUGCAAACAUUUUAAUGAAUUAGUAAACACUGACCAACAGUUGUGGAAAGAAAAAUUGAAAGAACUAAUACCUGAUGCAGCUUUUGUUGUAGUAGAGUCAGAUUGUCAUGAUGGUGACUGGUUGGAAGAGAUCAAAGGUUUCUACUAUAUAAAAAAUUAUGUUUUUUCUGAAUUGAAAACAAUGUCACCAACACAUUAUUGCAAACGGGAUGAUUUAACAAAGCAGGAUGUCAGAGAUUUCUUUAAUGUUGCAAUUUCAACUAAAAUGAGUCUGGCCUAUGCUAUCAACAUUCUUCAAGAUUUUAUAAAAAUAACUAGUGAACUGGCAGAUGCAUAUGCAUGCAAAAAACCAUUUACUUUGACUGAAAUGCAUUAUGCCAGAAUUUUGCUUCGCCAUUUAAUACAUCCGUUCAUAACUUCUAAAUGGGUGCAGCUAGAAAAAAAAGAUCAAUUAGAUCCAGAAUUUGUUCUAAACUUUUUCGUCCAGUGGGUUGAUAUUGAUAAAAUGCAUUCUGAUGAAGAUUUCGCAGAGAAGAUUCAAGCGCUCGUUGAUAAAGUUGAAGCUAUUCUGUCAGAUAAGAAAUAUUCAAAAUCUGAUUUAACACAAUGGAAGACUCUAACUGCCCAAGAAAAAUGUUCGCAAGGUCUCCUUACUGAGCGACAAGUACUGGCUGCUGUGUCUUACGUCAUCUAUGGACAGGAAUGUAUACAAGUUUCCGCGACUGCUAAUUUGGACACAUUGGAUAUCACUAAGAUCUUACUAAAUAAACGAGGGAGCGUUUUAGCCGUGGCGUGCAUCUAUCACGCAGUAGCGAAGCGCUGCGGCGUCGCUUGCGAUGUGGUUGCGUUUCCGAAUCAUUUCUUCCUGGAGUGGCGCGACACUGAUGGACAAGAAUAUAAAGUGGACCUCGAAAAUGGGGAGUUAAAGUCGAAGAGGCGCUGCCCGUUUUCAGCGAGUCCAACAAACCAGAAAAAUAUACGCAGAUACUGUCCAGAGAAGUUGUUGCAGCAAAUACUCUCUUCGUAUCUCAAUUCAAUGGGGGUACACGACAACUGGACCACACAGAACAGUCUGCGUCUAGUGGACCUGCUCAACCCGUCCCAGAACCUCGACAACGUGAACCAGAGUCACUUAAGUUACUUGCGCAAUGAAGUUGACUUAGUAAAUUAUCCUGAACUAAGCUACAAUGCCCUUCACUGUUCUCACGCGCGAUUAUUAUCGUCCCUGUCGUAUUUGGCUAAUACCAUCCACAUAACGGCGUCCGAUAGAUAUAUGUUUCCUCAUGUUGUUGUUAAGAAACGAAACAGUUACAUUAAAUAUGCAGUUGGUAUGAUAUGCACUCACAAGAAACAUAAAUAUACGGGAAUAAUCCGCGGCUGGGAUCUCAUUUGGGCAGCAGACUGGAAAGAGCACGGCGAGGCCCUAAACAGAUUAGAAUUUGGACACAAUCAGCCAUUCUACUACCUCAUCAUUGCUAAUCAAUCCAGCAGAUAUGUGGCCCAAGAAAACCUCUCGGCGUUGACUGUUCCGCCUCGGAUGCCGCAUUUAGAAGAUUUGAUCGCGCGAGAGUUCACACAUUUCAAUGGUUACGCUUACGAACCGAACGACGAGAAACGAAUGGAGUAUCCAGACGAUAUGCACAUUAGCAAUAUGUUUCGGAGUUGCGUUGAAGUUAGAUACGGAGAGCCGAAUCAGGACAAGAAGAAACUUGUUCAAUAUUAAUCUUUAUAUUAUCACUGGAUAUUAUACCCAACCUAUAUGAUAUAUACAAUAUUCAAUACAAUUUACUGAAAUA